UGAUAAUUUCAUACUGUAUAUAUAAUGAUUGAGACCACAAUGAUAUUUACUUGUUGCGAAGACACAUUCGUUUGCAGUACUGUGCUGAAACAGAUAAAUAUGUUGUAUAUUAUUUCCUUCAGUAUACUGUUGUUAAGCUACGUGUCUGCUGAAUCUCUACCGGAAUACAUAAAUUCCUGUUCGAGAAAUGAUCCAAAUCUGAACGAAUGUGCUUUAAAGUCUGCUAAGGAUUCAUUACAACAAUUUUCACGUGGCGAUCCAAAUAGAAAGUUACCUCCUCUGGAUCCAUUAUAUGUAUCGGAAAUGACCGUUUUCGUUCCUAACCAAAACGGAUUUAAAUUAGUAUUCAAAGAGAAUUAUUUCCAUGGUUUAUCAGAUAUGAAGCUAGAGAACUUGAAAUUUGAUUUAAAUAAAAAAAUUAUAUUCACUGAAGCGAUUGUGAAUUUGGAUGUACAUAAUAAAUAUGAACUCAGUGGGAAACUUGUAGCACUUCCUAUCACAUCUAAUGGAGAUUCGUCUAUAAAACUAAAAAAUACAGCAAUACAAAUAAGUUUAUGGUAUGAACACGUGACUGGAGAUGAUGGGAAGAUACAUUGGAAAAUUGUAAAACACAAUAUCAAAUAUGAUAUAGAAAAAGCUGUUUUCAGACUGGAAAAUUUACUUGGUGAUAAAGUAAUCGGUGAACAAGUCAAUAUGCUUUUGAAUGAAUUAUGGCGAGAAAUCGUUGCUGACGUCGGUCCUUCUGUCUGCAAUUCUCUUAUUGAAGCCGUGGUGGAGACCUUGAGUGUGCUUCUUGCUCAAGUGCCGUAUGACGAGUUAAUGCCAGAAUAAAAUGUUAUGUAAAUUGAAUCAAAUCUAGAAUUGUAAUAAAAAUAGUAAAACAAACAUGCAA